CACUGCCCUGACCAAGCUGCGAUGCGCGCGCCCGUGCGGUGGGGGCCGGGGUCUCUGCCCCUCCCCGGGGGAGGUGGAACAGUGACGUCAGCGCCCCUUUAAGACCCCCGCCUCCACCCCUCUCCCCUCACUCGGCCUGCGAAUCUCUUUGGUCUUUUCCUCAGACUCAUCAGCUUUGCCAUGGCCUCUGGUGGUCUGCAAAUACUGGGGCUUGUCCUGACAUUGCUGGGCUGGAUGAAAGCUCUGGUAUCCUGCACCCUGCCCAUGUGGAAGGUGACUGCUUUUAUCGGCAACAGCAUUGUGGUGGCCCAGGUGGUGUGGGAAGGGCUGUGGAUGUCCUGUGUGGUGCAGAGCACGGGCCAGAUGCAGUGCAAGGUGUACGACUCUCUGCUGGCGCUGCCCCAGGACCUGCAAGCUGCAAGAGCCCUCUGUGUCAUCACCCUGCUUGUGGCCCUGCUUGGUCUGCUGGUCUACCUUGCUGGGGCGAAGUGUACCACCUGCGUAGAGGACAAGGAUUCCAAGGCCCGCCUGGUGCUCACCUCUGGGAUCAUCUUUGUCAUCUCAGGGGUGCUGACUCUGAUUCCGGUCUGCUGGACAGCCCACACCAUCAUCCAGGACUUCUACAAUCCCUUAGUGGCUGAGGCCCAAAAGCGGGAGCUGGGAGCCUCCCUCUACCUGGGCUGGGCUGCCUCAGGCCUUUUGCUUCUAGGUGGGGGGCUGCUGUGCUACACCUGCCCCUCUGGAGGGUCUCGGGGCUCCAGCCAUUACAUGGCCCGCUACACAGCAUCUGCCCCACAUUCCCCCUCUCGGGGGCCCUCUGAGUACCCCACCAAGAAUUAUGUUUGAUGGGGAAGGGGGAUGAGGGCUCCUUUGGUCUUGGCCCCUGAGCUGAGAUGAUGACGCUUGACACCUUUAGAGUUGGUGCUUAUUUUGCUUUUGCUUUUUGCUGUUUUUAUGGGAGAGGUGGUCUUUAAAUCCAUUUGAUAAUGGAACCAAGAUGAUUCACACUCCCACCUGGGCUCUGACAUUGGCAUUUCUCAUCUUUGGAUGAUAGAGCCAAAGAAGCAAUGGUUUGAUCUCCGGGAUAUUUUUUCAUUCAUAGCAUAACCAUCUUAGAAGUCAAACUGGAGCUAUGGUACCAAUGCCAAGGCUGCUGCUGCUCUGGCCUUUGUGACCACAAGAUGGCCUUAUACCAAGAGUUUCGACUGCUGCUGGGGGUGGGAUCAGUCAGACCCAUUCCUGGAAGGACUGAUAAUUGAGUUACCAGAAAACUGCCCACCCCAGGUCUUCUAACCUGUGGCUCUUGUCUCCAGCCGCCAUGUAUCCUUCUCAAGUCAGGCCCCAGCUGUGCUGUAGACCCCCAUGAGCACCUCUAACCCUGCCCACUUCUGCCUAUG